AAGAUCUUUUUAAAUAUUGUGAAAAGAUUCAAAAAGCAUUAAGUGAAGAAGAUGAGACAGAUCCUCAGGAAGAUACAGGUGAAACUAGUAAAACUGCGACAAACGAAAAUGUCUUGCCCGAAAAUUUACCGAAAAAGCGUUCUAUUCUAAGGAGUUUAAGGAUUAAGUUUAGCAAAAGCCGUAUAUCAAAAAUAGAUACGGAACGUAGAUUUGGGUUUUAA